AUGUUUUAUCCACGUAUUGGGAAGAACAGUGCAAGUUUAGCAGUAGUCGUCUGGUUCUACCUAGCCGUGUGGUGCGCCGCGUCUACAGCUCCUUGCGACAAGACACGCAGGGUGUUCACUGAGCCUAGUGGUGUCAUCACCGACGGUCCUACAAACUCUAAUUACACGCAAGAUUCACAUUGCGAAUGGCUUAUUAAAGCGGCAAACAAGAGUCAAUAUAUAACUCUAAGUUUUAUUCGUAUGGGAACAGAAUGUUCAUAUGACUAUGUUUUUGUGUAUGAUGGCGAUUCUUUUGAUGCUCCUUUAUUAGGAAGCUUUAGUGGCAAAACAGAGCCUCAAAAUGUUACCGCAUCUAGUGGAUAUAUGCUUGUACUCUUGUAUAGUGACACAAAUUAUGUCUUAGAUGGAUUCCGUGCAACAUAUGCUAUACAUAAUUGCCCAAAUAAUUGUACAGGACGAGGUCUUUGUGUAUCGCACAAAUGUUUUUGUGUGGUAGGUGUUUGGGGUGGCCCAGACUGUAGUGUAGAAUUAUGCCCUAAUGGAUGUUCAGGCAAUGGUCAAUGUAAGGGAGAUGGAUGCCAAUGUAAAAAAGGUUAUUCUGAAGAAAAUGAUAAAUCUUUAUUGACCUUAUUUACCAAGGGUAAUGUUGAUGGUAGCUGGCAAAUAGGAAAUAGAAGUUCAUUAUUUAAUUUACUUUUAGCAUCUUUUUCUCACCAUGACAAGACUACACUACCUCUCAUGUAUACACCAACACCAUACUCAGAAAGCUAUCUUCAAUUUACUGAUAGACCUGAGUUUCUUUCACCUGCAUUUAAGUUGAAUACUUCUAAACCAGAACCACGGUAUGGCCACUCUGCUUGUGCCUUUGGGACUGGAUUUGUUCUUUAUGGUGGGAAGUUAUCUGACGGAAGUUUGUCUUCAGAGCUUUGGUUUUAUGAUGCAAUUUAUAAUUCAUGGAUUUUAAGAGCGAUCAAUUCAACAUUCACUCCACCUGGUCUGACUCGACAUACUUUGACUGCUGUUAAUGAUGAAUUAUAUUUAUUUGGAGGAAGCACAGUUGAUGGAGAGUUUUCCUCAAGUUUGUAUAAGAUCAAAUUAGGUGAAGCUAGCACUGAAUCAUGGGAAAAAGUUCAAGUACGAGGUGGAAAAGAGCUAGAUGUACGUGUUGUAGCUCAUACUGCUGUAUACCAUUCUCAUUCAAACUCAAUUUUGGUGUAUGGAGGAGUAGUUGCUAGUGUUGCAAGAUUUUCGAAACUAUCCGAUCGAAUGUUUGCUUUUGAUUUGGACUAUAGACACUGGAGUGAAAUACAUUAUCCUAGAGCGCAUCUACGUGAUACAUAUGUUCCUAGGGAAAGGGCUUUUCAUACAUCCACUAUAAUUGGAAACUAUUUAGUGGUAUUUGGGGGCUAUUCACAUCGUCAUAAUCGUGAAGAAAUUUGUUAUGAUGGCCAAAUGUAUCUUUACCAUCUUGGUUGUCAUUCAUGGAUCCCUUUAGAAGUCUUGGGGAGAACCCGUAAACCAUAUCCAAAAAAACAAGGAGUGUUUGCUCAUUCUGCCUCCUUAAAGCCACCAUCUACUUUACUGAUAGUUGGUGGAUAUCAUGGAAAUGUCAAUGGAGACCUUUUAGCUUACGUAGUUCCUAGUUGGCACGCAGGGAUUACAAAUAAAGAUCCAGAGUCGGCAUGUCCGAAACACCGUACUCAACCGGAGUGUCUAGCAGACCCUGAAUGUGGAUGGUGUUCAGCUGACGAUAUCUGUUAUGGUAGAACCAUUGGUUCUAAUUGCACAACAAAUCUACAAUCUAUCCGAUGUGGUGGAAUUUGCCCAGCACUUGGUGACUGUCAUUCCUGCCUCAUCCACGGCCCUUCAUUGGAGAAAUUAAAUAUUACUCGCAAGCCACUGCCUUCUGUAAGCACAAAAUUAGGCUUGUACCAGUGCAGUUGGUGUGUGCAAAAUGCACGAUGUCAUCACAAGGAUGAUAAUUACGGCGUUUGCGGAGAAGACACACCAUCGGAAAAUCCUGGGUGGUGGGGAACCACUGGUACUGAGGUAACAAUGCCUGAACAAUGCAAAAUUUUAGACAAACGACCAGGUCUGACUUUCUUAAGAUAUCAGCAGCCGGCGGAUUGGAACCACCCUGAUGGAGUUUCAGUGGUGAACGCUACUACUGUAGAUUGGAGCGCUGGAGGCGGGAGUAAUAAUAUUUUCCUCGGAUCAAGCGAAGCAAGGUUGCGCGGCUGGCUCCAUAUACCACAGUAUUGGAACGGGACGGGGGAGACAUUACAUGUUUGCGCGGGUCAUUCAAAUAUCACACUCAAUCUAGGAGAAAAUCCAGUUUCAGUUGCUAACUUGACGGCAUUACCAUCCGCUUGCUCUCUCGUCGAUUGGCCGGCUCUCUUCCCUGGCAGGCUCUCUGUGGAUAUGCACGCCAAUGACUCAUUACACACAGGAUUGUAUCCGUCGCAUCACCAUUCUAAAAUGGAACUCCUUCACAAUAAAUCACAAGAAAACGCCAAAGUAUUCACGUUUGAAUUUCUUGAACCCUACUCUAAUGGACAGUGCUCUAGCUACGAUAACUGCCUGCUGUGCCUAUCAGACGCUGCGUGCGGCUGGUGCGAAGUGACAAACCGUUGUGAAGCUAGGAACAUUGACGAGAAAACCGCCUGCUCCGCUGACGGCGAGUGGAGAUACCUGACUCUGCAACCUGCAGCGUGCCCGAACUGCUCCAAUUAUAUUAGCUGUGAGCGUUGCGUAACAGCCAACUACUGCGAAUGGUGGGCUGACGAGGCGCGGUGCUCCCGUCGGGGAAGAGCGAGCGGCGCCAUCGUAGACACCAGCGAGUGUCCGGCGCCCUGCCGCAUGCGACUCGACUGCGAGCAUUGCCUCGACGAGCGCGGACGCUGCGUGUGGUGUGAAGCGACCCGGCAGUGCUUCAGUUUCAGCGUCUACACCAGCGAGUACCAAUUUGGCCUGUGUCGCGAGUGGCUCGACAGGGCGUCAACUCCCUCACCCGACGAAAUGGCCCGCAAAUCGGGCCAGUGUAAAUCUUGCCAGGCUCACACGCAAUGUUCGACCUGUCUACGCAGCAUGGGGUGCGGUUGGUGCCACUCCUUCGAAAACCCAAUAAACGGCAUUUGCACAGAAGGCGACUUCACUCGAUCCCACGUAGACUGCGCUUCGCUCUUAAACGUCACGUCCAACGACGCGGGCUGGGCAUACGCGCAGUGUCCCGAUGUCGACGAGUGCGGGCUCGGCCUCCACGACUGCCACGAGCACGCAAUCUGCAAUAACACACACGGCUCGUACACGUGCAAAUGCAAGCAGGGCUACAUUGGAGACGGCAAGAAAAGUUGCAUGCGAACUUGUUACAAUAAUUGCAUCCACGGCUACUGUGUCGGGGCACCGCAGUACAAAUGUAAUUGCGACUUGGGUUGGACCGGCGCCGAUUGUUCCAUUAACUGCGGAUGCCACAAUCAUUCAACUUGCAAGACUGGGGUGGGAAGGUGCGAUGAAUGCCAGGAUUGGACGGAGGGUGAAUUCUGCGAGUCGUGUAAGCCGGGCAGCCACGGCAAUGCGACGACGGGACAAGGUUGUCGCAGAUGCGACUGCAACGACCACGGCGACGAGACACGGGGUGUCUGUGACUCCGCGACAGGUGAAUGUAUAUGUAAGGAUAAUACUGAAGGUCAAAACUGCGAACGGUGCAAACCCAAGUUUUAUGGCGAUCCACGCCACGGUGGCCGAUGCUACUAUCAGUGCGAGCCUAGGGGUAUGUUAAACGCAACCCAAACCGAAGGAAUCGGCUCCUUCUUGACCGAUCCCGAUAUUAACACAUUAGGACCAUCGAAGGAGUGCCUGUGGAUUAUCUCGGCUAGCAACAUAAAAGAUGCCACCAUACAGUUCAGUAUAAACUCAUCACAUUUUGACGUGCCCUGCGAUGAAAAUGCUGUUUACGUGUACGACGGUCUUGGCGGAGUACCAGAUCUGAGUAACAAUCAACAGAGCCAGCUUUUGGGGGUAUUUUGCAAUGGCGCCUCGUCGGGGGUAGUGGAGGCGCGCAGUGGAAAUUUGACCGUUCAUUACAAACAAGGACAACCAGGGCAAGGUUUUGAAGGUGUAUACAAAGUUCUGGCCUGUGAAGAUUACUGUUCGUGGCCGAGGGUAUGUAAUAAACGGCACUGCGUGUGCCGAGAGGGUUAUGGAGGGCCAAAUUGCGAUAUAGAAAUAUGUCGAAACAACUGCAGCGUGGGAAUUAAAGCCGGCAUAUGUGACACAAGCUACGGAAGGUGUCUUUGCAAUGAAGGGUUUGGAGGAGAUGACUGUUCAAUAAAACUUGACAAGACUCAACUUGUUUUUACUGAACUAUUCAAUUCAGAAUAUCUUUCCGACGGACUUGAUCACCUCAGAAAGACCUUGCCGAGAUUUGGACACAGUUUAGUAGCUGAUAGACGAGGCUUGUGGAUGUUCGGCGGCUACUCUCUUUCACACGGGCCGCUAAAUGAUAUACGAUUCUUUGACACCAAAAAUAAUACCUGGAUGCAAGUGACCGUAGAGGCAACACCCGACGCAAAAAUGCCAGAGGGCCGAUACUUCCAUGCGGCUGAGAUUUAUCAUUCAAAACAAAAUAUUUAUAUUUUCGGAGGUUUGAGUUUACAAGACAAAAUCGGACAAAAUAAAACCCUCGACGAUUUUUGGCAAUUCAGCUUGAAAGAUCAAAGAUGGAGUAAUAUUAAAAGCAAAGACGAAAGGCCACCCGCACUUGCUGGACACACUUUAACUCUACAAAAAUAUCAAGACUACGAAAGUCUAGUUCUCAUUGGGGGUUUCUCCAUGAAGGAUGGAUUCAUGUUGGAGAUGUGGGAAUUCGACCUUGAUAAUGAAAAAUGGAUCAAAUUGCACUACUCAGGAUCGAUGCCAGCUGGUAUCAUAGGCCACAGCACUGUAUACCAUGCUCCGUCUCAAAGCCUUUACGUUUUUGGUGGUAUAAUAUAUGUCUACAAUGGCACGAUGGUUUCUAAUACAUUAUUCUCCUUUCAUUAUCCAUCUAAAACGUGGAGCGAAUUACCAAGUUUUUUAAAUUUCAAUAACGCCGUUGACAGUUUGCCCCUCGCGACAUAUUUACAUUCGGCUGUGACCACAAACGACUACAUGAUCGUAUUCGGCGGCAGAACUGACCCCGAAAAUAGAUCGAAUGCUCUAAUUGCCUAUGUCUACAGCUGCAAUCAAUGGGUCAGACUGGUUAAAGGCGUGAGUAUCGUCGAUCAUCCUCCGCCGCGUACCAUAGCGCACGCAAUGGCGAUCGACGUGGAAGCGGAAAAUGAAGGCUACAUCUAUAUAAUCGGCGGUUGGACGGGCAGCGCGAACUGCCAAGUCACACGCAUAUCGCUCCCCGAGGAUUUGUGUUCUCUGUGGAGUUCGAACAAAAUGGAAUGCCGCAGCCACAUGGGCUGCAGCUUCUGCAGCACCAGCAAUUAUACCAAGUGCUACUCUGUCGAUAAGCCCGGUUGCGAGAGCAGCGACAGGGUGUCCACAAAUUCAGGCGCCGCGUGCGAUUCCGAACUUAUCGCGCAUCGCCCGUGCGAGAACUUUACCUCGUGCACGUCUUGUUUAGCUGCGUGGCCUUUGUACCCCGAAGAAAAGCCAGCUUGCCGGUGGUGCGAAUCGUGCGCAGCAGCUGUUGGCGAAUGCGUUCCAACCGCCGAGUCGUGCACCAGUAUCAAGUGUAACGCAGGAACCACGUACAUAAGCGACGUCGAUCAAUGCCCGGAACUUAGAUGUCUGGCGUCGGAUUGUGAUAAAUGCGUAUCGAACCACUGCACUUGGACACGACAUGCGAGCAGAAUCGGUCAAGAAACAAAAAUAGCGGAAGACACCUCGGAGCUUUUCAACUGGACAUGUGCGUUAAUUGACGAACCCGGCCGUGCCAGCCUCAGGCCGAGGAUCAAGGAGGAGUGUCCCAGCCGUUGUAACCAAUUCACAGAUUGCCAGUCUUGCCUUAGCUCGGACGGGGCCGAAGGCGGUUAUUCCGAAUGCCACUGGGCGUCGUAUCUCGGUACUUGCAUUUCACCGGUAUACCAACCAGUGUACUGUGCGGGGGGCGUUUGCGGCCUAGUUCUGACCAAAGCCGAUAAGAAUAAAUGCCCCGCGCCCUGCGAUACCUUCGAGCAGUGCUCGGAGUGCUUGCGUCAUUCGCAUUGCGGCUGGUGCGCGAUAGAGGGCGCUAACGGCGAAGGCGUAUGCUCGGAAGGCUCGAUCGAUUCUCCCCUCGACUACUCGACUCGCACCACGUAUGCCCACCCGAGAACGAGUGUGAGAAUAAUCAUCAUCAAUGUAAAGCUGAGUCCGAGGUGUGCGUGGACCUGUCGGAGGGGUACGAGUGCGCGUGCGGGGAGGGCUACAAGCGCGCGGGGGCGGGGGGGGGCGGGCGGCGGUGCGGGGCCGGUGGCGGGGUGCGCCGCCGUGUGCACGCAGGGCUGCGUGCGCGGCGCGUGCGUGCAGCCGAACGUGUGCCGCUGCGACUUCGGCUACGUAGGCGCCAACUGCACCAUACAGUGCCAGUGCAACGGCCACUCGCACUGCGAGGGCCCCGACAAGCUGGACAAGUGCAUCGAGUGCCACAACAACACCAUGGGUAACCAGUGCGAGAUCUGCAAACCUAACUUCGUGGGGGAUCCAACGGACAACGGGCAGUGCAUACCGUGCUCCGUGUUCUGCCACGGCCACACCACGGUGUGCACGAACGACAUGUCGGACGUGUCCGCGGCGCCCCGCGAGAUCGUGGCCGAUGGCGACGACUACUUCAGGGAGGGCGGCUCCAAGGCGCGCUGUGUGCGCUGCGCCAACAACACGGACGGCCCGCGAUGCGAACGCUGCAUCGAGGGCUACUUCAGGGGCACCGAGGACUUCCGGGACCCUUGUCGAUCUUGCGAGUGCCACGGCCACGGGGACACGUGCGACCCGGUGACCGGCGAGAAGUGCAACUGCGGCAACAACACGGAGAGCGACCCCUCGUGCCAGGCGGCCGGCUCGAGCAAGAACAGCGCGCAGGAGUGCUGGCGCUACCAGUGCGUCAAGUGCCGCGACCUCUACAUGGGCGACCCGCGCAACGGCCACCAGUGCUACAAGACCAUCAACAUCGAGAACAAGUUCUGCUUCGACGGCAGGUCCAUCGACGAGUGCAAGAUAAAGCCGCGCCCGCUCCGCGCCGGCCAGACGGUCUUCGUGGUGGUGAACCCGCGCUACAUGAACGUCGACAUAAGGGUGAUCGUGGACGUGACGGAGGGCGCGGUCGACCUGUACAUGAGCCCGAACGACAGCUCUUUCGUGGUGUCGGCCAACGGCACCGCCGGCUGGCACACCGUCGCGCUGGACCCCACCUACUACAAGCACGACCAGUUCCGCAAGAUACCGUCCUUCGACGACCCGGUGCCCGACAGCCAGCACGUGACCUACCACUACGAGAAGACCGAGUACUCCCUGGCGGACGUCGAGGCGACCGAGCUGACCACCUUCGUCACCGUCGACAGGAGGAACGUGCUGCUGCGCGUGCGCAACUUGACCGAUCGACUGGUGCUGACGCUACCCGAGAAACUGCAUAUCGACCUGUUCGUGUUCUUCUCCGUGUUCUUCUCGUGCUUUUUCCUGUUCCUCGCUGCGUGUGUCGUCGCUUGGAAGGCGAAGCAGGCCGCCGACGUGCGGAGAGCUAGGAGGAGACAUGUGGUUGAAAUGCUGCACAUGGCGAAGCGCCCGUUCGCCGCGGUGCGCGUGGUGGUGAACGGGGGCGCUGCGGUGGGGUGCGCGGGGGAGGGGGCGAGGCGCCGGCGCGCCCUGGACCUGCGCCCCGUCGCCAUCGAGCCCACGGCCGACGGGAGAGCGGCGGUCACCUCCGUACUCGUCAAGUUGCCGGGCGGGGCUCGCGCGCCCGUCAGGAUGGCGUUGGCUUCGGCCCUAGUUCUCGUGUCUCGCGCGCCCCAGCAGCGCCCACGCGCCCGCCGCCCGCUCUCC